AUGGUUGCAUUGCAUGCGGCAGCUGACCAGCAGUUCAAAUUUGAGAGGGUUCAAUCACACGCCAUGCUUCGCGUUGCUGUGAUAUUGAUUUGUCCGUGGCUUGCCUCGGCCCAGUCCGCCCAGUCUGCUUGCUCCGCUGGCUUGGGGUUGCUACAGAAAUCCCCGCGACAAAAGAUACUCCAGCUACCAGGCACACAAUAUGAUUGGUCUCCCGUGGAUGGUGGCGAUGGAAGGGCUUGCAGAGGAGGAAGCGAUUCUGACAACUCGGCCUCCUACUACCGCGUGGUUUCUGGCAUUCAAACAUUGAAUGACUGCCAAGCCGAGUGCAUGAACGACGCGGAGUGCGGAGGUGUCGAAUUCAGCCCUGGGCGCUGUGAAGUUUGGACGAGGGCAGGUGGCAUUGAGGCCACCGUUUCCUUGGACAACUUCCAAUGCUGGAGCUACAAGCCCUCGCUUUACCUUCCAGUCGAUGGCGGCAUCGGCCGCCAGUGCAGAGGCAUCCUCGAGGACGAGGCGAGCUACUUCCUGCAGCCAGGUGUGCAGGCGUUGCCAGCCUGCAAAGGUCUGUGCGAGUCGGAGCCGGCUUGCAAGGGCAUUGAGUAUGCUGUUGAAAGUGAGCAGUGCAAAGUUUGGACCGAAGGCAUUGGCGCGUCGAUUCCUGCGGAUGGCCACGAGUGCUACCGCCUGGAGUUUGUUUAUGUCAACUCCUCCGAGCCGUUGAGCGCCUGCCGGGGCGCACAUGCCAACGACAACAGCGCAAGCUACUUCUCUGUGGUCAACGUGUUAGGCCUGGAGGAGUGCAAGCAGAGUUGCAGGGAGGAGCCUGCCUGUCAAGGCAUUGAGUACUCCUCAGCCCGGUGCGAGGUGUGGACUAGGCCAGGGGGCAUUGAAGCGGUCAAGCCGCUGGCUGGGACCAUGUGCCUGAAGUAUGCUGGGACAACUCUGACGACCACGACUGCAACCCAGGCAACCUCAGCGCCUGUGACCACGACAAGUGCCACAUCAGCGCCUGUGACCACGACAAGUACCACAUCAGCGCCUGUGACCACGACAAGUACCACAUCAGCGCCUGUGACCACGACAAGUACCCCAGAACUACGUCAGUCUCCCGCAAUUGUAGAGGUGCAUACGAGCAGUGUGGCGGCAAGUCAUGGAAUGGCGAGACUUGCUGCAUCUAUGGAUGGGAAUGCGUGUUUGACAACGACUUUUAUUCCCAGUGCAAGCCUAGCAGCCAGUCCACAACCACCAAGCCACUCAACUGUGACGCACCAGGCACGCCCAUUUCCAAGCUGUAUCAACAGUGCGGAGGUGUCUCUUGGAGCGGCGCCAAGUGUUGUGAAGAUGGGACCGUGUGCGUCUAUGACAACGACUACUACUCAAGCUGCCGGAAGAACACUGUCACCACAAUUGGUCUGUCGUCCACCGAGACCCAAACCACCCAGGGAAGCAGCAGCAGCACCAGCAACAGCGCCACCACCAGCACCACCACCACCACCACCACCACGACGGCCACAACCACCACAACCACGACGGCCAUCGUUGUCACAACUACCGCAACAACAAGCGGGUCAACCGCUGCGAGCACCACAACCACCGCAAACACCGCCACGGGCAGCGCAACAGCCGCUACCACGAGCAGCGCUGCCAGCACUUCAUUGA